CUCAUCCCUUUCGCCAUGGUCAGGCUAACUCGCGCGUUCGCAGCCUCUCUCAUCUCCCUCUCCACUUUGCUUCCCGCCAUUCGGGCCCUCACUACAGGGUUCCCUUACGAGACCCAGAAAAUCCGCGGGGUCAACUUGGGUGGCUGGCUUGUGCUUGAGCCAUGGAUAACGCCCUCUCUUUUCGAUAACACCGGCAACCCGAAGAUCAUUGACGAGUGGACCUUCGGUCAGUAUCAAGAUCACGAUGUGGCCCUCGCCACUCUUGAGGAGCAUUGGAAUACCUGGAUAACCGAACAGGACUUCGAGGAAAUUGCUGCUGCUGGACUCAAUCAUGUCCGUCUCCCAAUCGGAUACUGGGCAUUCGAGACCUCUGCUGGAGAGCCUUACGUUAAAGGUCAACUACCAUACCUUCGCAAGGCGGUGAAUUGGGCCAGGAAACGUGACCUCAAGGUCAUUGUCGAUCUCCACGGCGCCCCUGGCAGUCAGAACGGAUUUGAUAAUUCUGGUCAGAAGAAGGACUAUCCUCAAUGGCACACAGCUCAAUCAAAUGUCGACCGAAGCAAUGCGAUCAUUGAGCAAAUUGCUUUCAUGUUCAAAGAUCAGACUGGAGUUGUGGCUGCUAUCGCCCCAUUGAACGAGCCCGCAGGGUUCAAAGGGCAGGAUGUUAUCCACACCACCAAGCAGUACUGGAAAGACAGCUACGAACGCAUUCGGAAUCCCAAGGGACAGCCGGGGAACGCCGUCUCGGUCAUCCACGAUGCCUUCCAGCCUCUGGAUUCAUGGAACAAUUUUAUGACUGCCCCCCACUAUCAAGGCGUUGUGUUGGAUACCCACCACUACCAGAUAUUUUCACCCACUGAGAAUCAAUGGUCUCAAAGUCAACACAUUCGUGCUGCCUGCGAUUUCGGAAACUCACUACACUCUAGCGAGCGGUUGGCGGUGGUAGUUGGCGAAUGGACCCCUUCGAUGACUGAUUGUGCAAAGUACCUCAAUAGUCGUGACGGCAAGACAGGUCGUGAUGUAGGGUCGCGGUACGAUGGGUCGUAUCCUGGCACUUCCCAGUCGCGUGUUGGCUCCUGCGAUGGUCUGACAGGAAAAGCGUCCACCUUCAGUUCGAGCUAUAAGACAUCCCUCGCAAAGACCUGGGAGGCGCAAGCCAUGUCGUUUGAGAAGUCGCAGGGAUGGAUCCAGUGGACGUGGAAGGCAGAGAACGCGGACGAAUGGUCCUACAAGGCUGGGUUGGCGUAUGGUUGGAUUCCACAGAACCCCACCAAUUAUCAGUAUCCUCACAUCUGUGACUGAAGGACUGAGUACUGAUUGAAGGAACAUUCAAGUCGUUAUUUAAUUAUCACCACUCUAAUCACACUUUCGUUAACUACACACUGUAUUCUUUGCAUGGAAUGACCAC